AUGAAUAAUAAAGGACCGUAUUCUCAACAGCCUGCAUACCCUCCCUCAGCUGAUGCAGCUGCCACUGGUGCUGUAUACCCACCAACCAUGUCUUUACCACAGCCCCCCCCCCCAUAUGCUGAUGCACCUCCAGCAUACUCAGGGCUGUAUCGUACAAAGUAUAUGGCUCCACCCACUGCUGCUGUCCCUCAGCUUCCUCUUCCUGCCACAUAUCCUGGUGCUCCAAUGCAUCUUUCUGUGGGUCCUUCUGUUGCUGGUCAUCCAGUUACUCAAACAGCGCCAAUGGUUUACUAUCCUGUUGGACCACUCUACCCACCUGGAUCAACUGUUAUCAUUGAUGGGGCCUAUGAUGCAGGUGCCCGGUUUGGGGCUGGUGCUUCUGCUUCUAUCCCUCCACCACCUCCUGGCUGCCCACCCAAUACAGCCCAACUGGUAGCCAUGCAGGGUGCAAAUGUUGUAAUGACUCAGCGCAAGGGCAACUUCUUCUUGGGAGGUUCUGAUGGUGGCUACACUAUUUGGUAAAGACUCAAAGGAUGA